AUGUAUCACGGGGCCAAUAUUCAAUCAAGGGGAACACAGGGGAAUUUCUGGAAGGAGCUCGUGUCUGGAGCGGACGAGAAGAAGGACUGGAAAGGGAUUACACUUGCCAUCUUAUGCAUCAUUCUUAUCGGCUGUCUUGUGGCUCUGUCUGUCCUGAUACUAGAGCCAGAUGAAACUCCCCUUGGACCGGCACUAACGCUCAAAGAAAUUAUCGCUUUCUCAAGUUAUUUCAAACGAAAUUCAGUCUUUUCAAAAUCUAUUUGGAGAAAGAACAGCCUCUUUUUCCUCGACAGCGAUGGGAACAUCAUCAGAAAGGACUUCCAACAACCAAAGACUAUUGUCCUUGCUGCUUUUAACUCAGAGUUUUCAACAGAAAAUGUGAAAGACUGGGAUGUCUCUGGGGACGCCAAUUUCGCUAUUCUGAAAAAAGCAAAUGAUUAUGAUGCAUUUGACAAUACGGAUGGUGGGUUCAAGAAAAGCCAAAUGAUAUUUGGCUUGGACACAAAGAAGAUUGCGCUUUUUGGAUUUGAAAAUGGUGCGAAUUUGGCGCUCUCGACAGCUUCGAAAUUGAAGACGUUGAAUUGUACAUUGGCGAUUUCAUUGCUCGCUGAUUCUAGCGAUUUAGCAUCUCCGAUUUCGUCAAAUAUAAAAUCAUCAUCAAAUCUCACUAACGAUAUUGACACGAAUAACAUCAGAAAACUCAAACUGAUAAGUCCUCUUGAUGACGAUUUUAUAUCACCAAUCGAUGCAAUCUCACUGGAUCAAAAAUUUGGUAUACAGAAAGAUAUUUCGCUGAAAUUUCUAAAAGGAACGAGUGAAUCGCUUUUAUCUUCAAAAUACUGGGAUUUUUACGGCGAGUACUUCUCAUCGUGCCUGAAGAAGAGCUCUCCUUGA